AUGGCAGUAUCUCUUGUCCCUUUAUCUGAUCCGAGGGUAGAACUUACAAUCACGGAAAUCAACCAGGAGCUUCAGUUGUAGCUGGCAAAGAAGAAGCAGGACUUCCAAGACCUCCCAGAGAAAUUCCUUGUAUCCCAAGCUACUGCCUACUCCCUGGCCAACCAGCUGUAGAAAUACAAGUAUGAAGCAUUUAAGGACAUCAUUGAAUCUGUGCUGGGGGAGAAGCUGCUGUUUGAGGUGCUGAGGCUAGCGGAGAAGCUGGCAGAGAAGCCCACGCAAGCUGAGAGGACCUGUGAUAUCCUAACUCGAAGUGAGGCACGAGAGCUGACCCGGUUACAGUGGACAUUACGGGAAGGGAAAGAUGACUCUGUCCUAUUCCAGCAGCACCUCAAGGACCUCCUCACCCACGACGACCUUGACAACCACCAGGGGCAGGACUUCCAAGAGCGGCUGACUGAGGGACACAGGCUGGCAGAGCACCUUGCCCACAAGCUCAGCCCAGCUAAGGGGGCCACAGUACCUGAUAACACUGAGCUGCUCCAAGGUCCCCUGCUCACAAGAGACUCCACACCUGCACUAGGAAUGUUUUUUAUCAGCUUUUCUGUUUCAUGUCCCGUUUGGGGCUAUGAUAGGAGCAGGACUGAAAUUCAUGAAGAUGAGGAGGAUGAACAAGCAGAAGAGACACUCACGCCCAGCGUGGAGCUGCAGGAGGUUGAAAAGAAGGAAGUGCCUCAGGAAUCCCAGGAUGAAUGUGUUUUGACUCCUUCAAUUCUCCAAGGAAGUUCUGACUGCAACCAGCCUUAUAGUGAUGGCAAAUUUGCAUUUGAUGAAUCACAAGUGGGCCCUGCUCCAGGUGGAGCCUGUGGUUGCUCCCAUGCUAAAGAGGAUGAAAUUCCAACUGAUCUCCCAAACAAUCAAAAUGAUCGUAAGCAAGUGGAUGGACAAGAGCCAAUGUCCCCCAGCGUGAACCUACAGGAUGCUGAAAAGAAGGAAGUGCUCCAGGAAUCCCAAGAUGAAUGUGUUUUGGCUCCUUCAACUCCCCAGGAAGGUUCUAACUGCUACCAGCCUUACAGUGAUGAAAAAUUUGCAUUUGAUGAAGAGAAAAAAACCAAACUGAUCACAAUGACCUGCAAGGACCAGUGGCUAUUGCCACAAGACUUGGAAGAGGAUACUGUGGUGAGGAUCUACCAGGUCAGGGAGAUCUUGGCUGAUGGCUCAGGAAAGCAAACCAAGGCAGGAAAUUGUACUGUUCUUGAGGAAGAGGAAGACCAAGACCUUAUCUGUUCUAGUCCUCCCGACCCCACAAAGCUCAGUCUGAAGCUGCUGGUGGUAGAAGAGAAUGAAGUCCAGCAGGACUCACUGGAUGAAUGUGAUUUGGCUGGUUCUAUUGGCCAUCGUCUGUCAGACUCCUGUACGCCUUACACAAGUGACUCAUUCCAGUCAGAUAAACAGGAGCUCUCCUCGGCUCCAAAUGUAAAUGGGUCCAGGGAGGCCUUGAAUUUGGCUGUGCUGAUGCCCUUAAACAUCUGCAGAGCUCUAUCUCAGAAACACCAACAGCCGGGUCUGAGUUUCCAUGAGGAGGAGAAGAAAUUCUCAGACACACAUCUCAGAAGUGACACCUGGGAGGACUGUCACCAAAGGCCUUUGAGUUUCCAAGGCCCAGGGGUACAAACUUCACAAGCACAGCUGCAGAAAAGCACCCACAUGACCAAUUAUCUGCAACUGCAGCUGGACCAGCAUUGAUGUGGGCGCAGAAAAGCCACACUCGGUCUUUCCUCCACCAUCUGGGGCUUUACUGCCAACCCCGAUUCUGGAAACCAAAGACCACUCUUCCUAGAGCUGGGUUUGGAUGCUUCCAUUGGAAAGAAGAACUCUCCCAAGCUGGAGGGUGAGGUCUUAGCUGCCAGCAGGCAUGAGUGUCUGGUCUGUAGCAAGAUUAAUGCCUUAAGUGUCCUGAAACAGAAGAUUAUCCGAAGAAAACUGCUGUUCAGCAAGUGGAGACUAGCACGCCGAUUUCCUGGCCUUCAGGCUUAG